GACCUGGAGAUCCUCUGGCAGUGCAUGGUCGAGUUCCUCUGGGAGUGGAGGUGGCCGUUGGCCGUGUUUUCGGUCAUGACGCUCAUGGGGCCGGUCUUCACCGCAGCCCAGCCCAGCAGCGGCAUGGCGGCGCUCAGGGCCACGGCCACCAUCCCAGCGGCGGGCGUCUCGGCCGCCUCGGGGUGCUUCGGCGCCCUCGCCCGCGCCGCGGUGACCGCGGUGACCGUUCUGCAGUUCGCUGGCAGCGCCGGCGCCGUCGCCGUGCCCGUGUUCACGGCAGCCUACGCGUGGCAGCACCGGCAUUGGCUCGGCUGCGCGGUGUGGGCGGGUAUGGCGGUGAUGGUCGCGCCCGGAGUGCUCCGCAUCAUGUGCCUCCACUGCGCGGCGGGGCAGUGUCCGCCAG